GAAGACAAGGUGUUCAGAAACAGAACCUCACAGCUCACAGGUUCUGUCUGCUAACCAGGAGGACAAACAGCCGCUYACCAUGGAGCGCGCUGCUUUGCGCGCGCAGCCGACGCGUCAGAGCGAGUGGCUCCGGAGCGUCUUGGACCACUACCACUGUCCGGACCCGUGCGCGGACAACCAAAUCAUAGUCCUUGCUACUGGAAUAGACCAGUACCUGCAGGAGGUCUUCCACCACCUGGCCUACCCGAACCAGAACGACACGGUGUGCGCGGAGGACUUCCGCGCUCUCUGCGCCGCGCUGGGACUCCCCGGAGCGGAGAGGGGACAGAAUCCCCUGGAUCUGAGAGGACCCGGGGACCAGGAGCAGAUGAAUGAAGAGUUUAGAGAUACAUGCCUCGCGCUGCCAGAAAAACUCUCUUUUAAAGAUUUUCACGCGCGGCUCUGCGGGUUUUUCCGCGUUCGCACUGCGCGCUCGGGCGCCGGGGAGUGCGCAUGGCGGCUGCCGGUUUCUGAGGAGACGGAGCUGGUGGAGAGGCAGAUCCAUGUCCGGUGGCCGCGGGUCCGCAGGAGAAAGUGUGUGAGUUUUGAUCUGACCCGGGAUCAUCCGGGACCAAAGACCAGACCCAAGACCAGAACCACUGAGGAGCCAGAUGAGGCUGCAGCUCUCAGGGAGCUGGUGGAGGACCUGCGCUCGGCUCUGCAGGGGAGUGAUGCUCGCUGUCUGGCCCUUGAGGUGGCCCUCAGACGUGGAAGGAGCCCCCUCCCAGCAUCUUCCAAUGCCCUUGUGCACCAGAAUCUGGUACCGCCUGCCAGACCUGAGGGUCCUCAAACAGUGGAAACAAGGAGGGCCCAGAAGAAAUGGGACUUCGGAGACCCUGUCCUGAGGGAGUUGAAGCUGAUUCGUUCGUCUCGUGACGGGCAGCUGGAGGAAGCCAUCAGGUUCAAUCAGCAUUUGGAGGAGGAGCUACAGUGGGCGUACCAGGAGGUGCACAAACUGCAGGGGKUGGAGUUUUCUCUGAGGAUGGAGAACUCUCAAAUCAGGAAGCGGGCACAGGAGGCUCGUGAGGCUCUGAGGUUGGGACUGCAGAGGGUUCGGCUGAUCCAGGAACAGGCUCAGUCUGUGCCACAGCUCCAGUCCAGGAUCAGCCAGCUGGAAGACGAGCUGCUGCAGUGCAGAACUGCUCCUGCCCCUCAGCUCAUCAAGUCUGAAGACGCCUGCAGGAGGACGAUUGAGGAACUGGAACAAGAUGCUGAGUGUCUGCAGAGGGCAGUGGAAGGAAGAGCUGCCUCUGAUGAAGACGAAGAUGACAGGGAGAUGAAGAGACUCAUGUCACAUGUCUGUGGGAUGAGAUGUCAGAACAACACAGAUUCUCACGGUCAUCUGCAGGACAAAAGACACAGCAGCAGGAGGGACUGCUGCAGCUGGACUGGACACAGGACAGCUGUCUCUGGGAGGGGGGAGAGACUUCAGGACACAGAGGACAAGAUGAGGCUGCAGGAGGCAGAGAAGACACAUUUGUCUCUGCUGGAAGACAAACUGACCGAUUCACUCUCACUGCUGCUGCAGCUGCAGAAGAAGGAUGUCUCCCACAGAGUCAUGGAGAAGAUAGUAAUGGACAGUCUGGAAGUCUGCAGCAAACCUGGAGCUGGCACAGUCCUACAGGCUGAUGAUGCCUUCACUGUUCACCUGUCCUCCAAGGACCUCAGAGACAGGGGUGGGGGAGCAGAGCAGAGAGAAUCCUCCACUUUAACCGCAGAUCAGCAGUGUUAACAGCUAAAUCAACUGCAGUUCACUCAGCUAACAAAUAUUUCUUAUUUAUGUUCUCUGACUCUGGUAUAUUGAUUUCAUUUUACCCACAUUAUUUAACCCUGUCUGAUGUUUCGAAUCUGUUUGAAACUUUUAAUUUUGUACAGAGAAUUUCUUUUUAUUUAUUUUAUUUAAACAAAAGCAUUUGUGAAGCCAGCCUCAUUCAUUCUGAAAUGUGUUCACUCAGACACAUCCUACCAUCCUUGUGUACAAACUGCACACAAACUGCAAACAAACUACACAGUGGCAGUAAGAGGAGGAGGGGCUCAGUCUCAUUAACUACAGACAUUAGCUUGUAGCUUCUCCCUGUUGCUUGUUGUCAGUUGAAAUAAAAGCAACCAUCUGAAGAAUCUAACAAA